GACUGAAUAAUAUUAUCAGUCACGACAGUGGCCAAAUACGAAUAUAAAUACGAUCCCCGCUGUCUCCCUCAUGCCAAGAAUUAAAGAAUACUCUCUAGGCUCACAUUACUAUCAACGAGUCUCCAAUUGACAAUGUCUCGCUUCGCUUCACUAUCACGACGUCAUCUUCUCACCUCCCUCAAUCAACAACCAAAACGCUACUUCUCAGUUACCAUGGCCCAAGCAAAAGACACGUGGUCCGCAGACCAAUACGUCAAAUUCCUCAAAGACCGCACCCGUCCUUCUACAGAUCUUCUAGCCCACGUUCCCAAUACAUCUCCCAAGCGCGUCGUGGAUGUUGGCUGCGGCCCCGGCAACUCAACCGCCGUGUUAGCCGAACGCUAUCCCAACGCUCACGUCUCAGGCUUUGAUUCCUCAGCUGAUAUGAUCAAGAAGGCGAAACAAACUCUUCCUAAUGUUUCGUUUGAGGUCGCUGAUCUUUUGACCUACAAGCCUGAAGAACCUGUUGACGUUCUCUUCUCGAACGCUGUGUUUCAAUGGUUGCCGAAUGGGCAACGCAUUGAGAUUGUGAGAAAACUUCUUGGGCAUGUCGCGCCUGGUGGAAGUCUCGCUUUUCAGGUCCCUUUUAAUCUUGAAGAGCCAAGUCACGCUUUGAUGCGAGAAACAGCGGAUACACCCAACAUGCCAUGGACAGAGAAACUCAGAGCCGCCAACUACUCUCGUGACCAGUUUCCUUCACCAACUGAGAUUUGGGAUGGGUUGAAGCAUUUGUGCUCUGAUCUUAAUAUUUGGCAGACGACUUACAUGCAUGUUAUGGAGAAUCAUGAAGGGAUUGUUGAGUGGGUCAAGGGGACCGGUCUUCGUCCCUAUCUCAAUCCGCUGUCGGAGCCUGAGCAGGAAGCGUUUAUUGAGGCCUAUUUGAAUAAGUUGAAGCAAGGCUAUACCGCGCAGAAGGAUGGAAAGGUUCUUUUGCCGUUUCCUCGGUUAUUGAAAACGAUGGACACAAAACUACAGCAGAUCUCGGGGAGUAUGUCCAGUAUUAUCGGGAUCGAAACCAGUCCUCUCCUGGCAGAAAGCAACACUGAUGAAGCCAAGAGAGUCCGGGACGAGGCUAAGAGCACCUUACAACAGAGAUAUCCGACUCUCGUUGACAUGGCUACCAUCAACAUACUGAAAGUCUUUGGAGCUAUGAGAGAGGCACGACUGGAGAUUGCCGAAUUAUGCAUUUCAAUAUCUUUUCCUCUUGUCAUUCUACAAUGCCGCUCCUUAAAGAAUCUUCUGGCAUCUCUAUCUGCAUUCGAUGAUCAUGGAAAAGUACCCGAAAUGACUUGGCAUUCACGGAAUCUCUCUAUGCUGGGCAGCUUGGAAAAUGGAUUUAGCUACUCGUGGAGAUAUGAAUGGACUGUUGUAUUCGAACGCUGGAGAAAUGAAGUAAAGGAUUAUCAGUGGCUUAGCGACAAGAUUGGCGACUUGAAGAGCAACAUUGCCCACAUUCGGUCUAUUUACCUCUCUGUCAAAGAGGCGUUUGUGCAGAUUGACAGGAUGGCUGGGACGUCUCUGGUGGACUUAUUGUCGGACAUCCAAGUCGCCUUUGACAUGUUCGAGCUUAACCUGGCGGAAUGUGCGGCGAAGGCCGACGAAUUGCGUGUCGAACAAGAACGUCCCAAACACCUCUCACCAUUCGUCAAUUCUUCCAGCGCUCAAUCAUGGUCGAGCGGUUCUAACAUUCCAUCUGGUGGCAUCAUCCAAAGGACCUCAUUCGGGAGAGAUGCUAACACUACUACGGUCCAUGUGGAGAACGGCUCUACCAAGUCCAAGGAGAGACGAUUGACGAAGCUACGACAGCGCUUUAGCAUCAACCCUGACGCACGUGAAAAUCAUUGGACAAGCCUCUUUGGACUUACCAAAUCACCCGUUGUUCUGAUCCUUGCUGCCGCAAUGCCACCAACCAUCUACUCCACCAUCCUCUGCGGAUCUCCCGACUCACUACCUGCAUUAGACAGCAACUUUUACUCAACGCUCAGUCAGUUUAUCUCGUCACUCGCAGGACUGUACGUCAUAGUGAAACCACUAUUCAACAAGAACAAGAAGGAUGAGAUCAAGACGAGCUUUCCCAAGACGUUCUACACGAUGCUCACAUUGUCAUUGCUGACGAGUCUCACGAGCGCUGUCACAUAUGCUUGGAGUCCAGCGGCUAGUAUUCCGCUCGCCUACGUAUCUGGGUUGACGCUUAAUAUCGCGACGCUCCUAAUCAUUCAGGACUCGGGGAAUCAGAUCAAAGAGACUAAUAGAUACAAUGAGGACUUACAAGUGAAAUAUGCAUCUAUCGAAGCGCCACAGAAAUUUCUGCACGUGCCACAGCCGGAGUUUGACAUUCCUCCCCGGACAACACUACAAUUCAUCAACAACACCGAUAAUCCUGCAUGGCAGACCGAGAAGAAAGCAGUCCUGCCGUCGAGGCAAACGGCUCAGAUGAAGGACCUCCGUCAAAGAGACAAAGAGGCUUCAUCGCCAGACAGGCAUGUGAAAAUUGUCGUCAGAAAAAGACAAGAUGUGAUGAAGAUUUUCCAUGUGGACUUUGUAAGUCCCUCGGUAUUCAAUGCCGUUUCACUCAAAGAAAAGCAACACGAACAUCGCUCCAUCGCCACCGCACUGCGACCUUUCAACCCCAGAUCUCCCGCAAACUCAAGCGAAGUCCUCGGCGUCCCAUCUUUUCUCCGCCACGAAACGAUCGACUCACCAGCAGCACCAAAUGAUCCCAAUCCCGCUAUCUCCUUCAGCGCGCAUCAAGUCCUCUUCUGGCCUGCCAUCCAGUCUGCACUCCCUGAAUCUGUGAAGUUAAUGUGUCAGAUGCAAGGCGGUACAUACUCGACACGCCUCGAAGCUUCACGGCCAAAACUUCCGCACGCUGCGUCUGUGGAUAUUUCAUCGGAUUGGCUUUCGAAAUUGAGUAUUGCGACGUUAAAGCAGUUAUCUGAUGUUUACUUUACGACGUUUAAUCUAGCGAAUCCGAUAUUGGAUCAGAAGACGUAUUUUCAACGAACCCUUGGUGUUGCCAUUGAUGGAAACUUUGGGAUUUGUAUUGAGAGCUGUAUAGUUCUUGUUGUUAUGGCUCUGGGAUCGAUGGGACAGAAGGCGCUACAAGAAGCUGGGUUUGCUGGGACGCCGGUGUCAAGUCCUUAUGUUGGACAAGAUGGGGAGAUGCCGGGAUUGGACUUUUUUAACGAGGCGAGGAAACGGUUUGGCUUUUUGAUGUGCGAGCAGGACUUACAAGCCUGCCAGUUUUACCUUCUCUCAGGAUUGUUCUACGCCGAGGCUUUGAGACCCAUCGAUUGGUGGGCCAUGCUCAGCAAAGCAAGCGCAUGCAGCGCAUACUUCUGGAACAACUUAUCAAGAGAUCGAGAUGAAUGGAUGCUAGACAUGCAAUCCCGCCUGUUCUGGAUAACAAGUAUGUUUGAAGCCGUCCUAUCCCAAGAACUCAACCUUCCACCGAGCAACUCCCUGCAUCUCGAAGAACACAUCGCUCUACCAAAGUUCAUUUCGGCUCAAGACAUUGCCUCGUUUGGAUCGUUUCGAUAUCCAGGUGAUGAUCCGUUCUUUCAUUAUCAUUUUUUAUCGCAGCUUGCGCACCGACUUAUUUUGACGAGAGCGAGGAAUAGUUUGUUUCAUUUUAAUCCUACGUCGGAUUAUCCACCUGAGCCGGUUGAGGAUGAACUGAUUCGGCAGUUGGAGCAAUGGCGGGAACGGUUACCCCCUAUGCUUCAGUUUGAUCCAAAGUCGCCUUUGACGCAGGCUGAGUCUCCCUCUGAUGCACUUGUGACGGCUUGGUUACAUGCGCGGUACUUUGUUGCGAGAUAUCACAUUGGUCGACCUCUACUCCACCGAGCCCUGGAAAGACCAGCGUCGCUCACCGAAGGACAUCUCCGGAAAUGUCGUGACGCUAUAAGCGCUGUUCUCGCCUGGGCGUCAGUGAUUCAAGUCACCGACACAAUGAGGAGCUGCAAUCCUCUCAAAUUCUUCGUUUGCAGCCAAAUAUUCGGCCAAAUAUGCGUCAUAUACGCUCUCAGCGUCUCACCGUACCCCUACAUCCGCGACAUCGUAUCAGACGUCAACAAAAAAUGGACAAACUUCGCUUUAGGCUAUCUCGAAGCCGGUGCAUUUUACAGCCCAGCAAUAGAGCAGGACUUUAAAAUUGCAAAGAUUCUCUGCGAGGAUAUAGGAAAGAUAUGAGCAUUAGGGAGGCUUGCAGGGUUCGGGUUCGGCUUAUAAAAUAGACGUAAAUCCGCAAUCUUGUCGGGUUUACGUCAUUAUUAUCUCGUUAUUUACUAUCGGACUCGUCGUGGUUAUCGGACUUUAGACUAUUGUGGACCGAGUUGGCGUCCGGAUCACUAGCCUCUUUUGCAGUUUGAAGUUAGUACCUAUGACGCGAACACCUCUCAGUUCCACCGCCGCUACAACUGCAGUGCCGAACUUCCGUGG